AUGGUGUGGUGUGGUGUGGUGUGGUUUGGUUUGGAGCAGAUCGGAGUGGUAUGGUGUGGUGUGGUGUGGUAUGGAGUGGUGUGGAGUGGUGUGGUGUGGUAUGGAGUGGUUUGGUAUGGUGUGGUGUGGUUUGGUUUGGUUUGGAGCAGAUCGGAGUGGUAUGGUGUGGUGUGGUGUGGUGUGGUGUGGUGUGGAACGGUAUGGAGUGGUAUGGUGUGGUGUGGUGUGGUGUGGUGUGGUAUGGUGUGGUGUGGAACGGUAUGGAGUGGUAUGGUGUGGUGUGGUGUGGUGUGGUAUGGUGUGGUGUGGAACGGUAUGGAGUGGUGUGGUAUGGUGUGGAGUGGUGUGGUAUGGUGUGGUGUGGUAUGGAGUGGUUUGGUAUGGUAUGGAGUGGUGUGGUAUGGUGUGGUGUGGAACGGUAUGGAGUGGUGUGGUAUGGUGUGGUAUGGUGUGGUGUGGUAUGGAGUGGUUUGGUAUGGUGUGGUGUGGUAUGGAGUGGUGUGGAGUGGUGUGGUGUGGUAUGGAGUGGUUUGGUAUGGUGUGGUGUGGUUUGGUUUGUGGUAUGGUGUGGUGUGGUGUGGUGUGGUAUGGUGUGGUGUGGAACGGUAUGGAGUGGUGUGGUAUGGUGUGGAGUGGUGUGGUGUGGUGUGGUAUGGUGUGGUGUGGAACGGUAUGGAGUGGUGUGGUAUGGUGUGGUAUGGUGUGGUGUGGUAUGGAGUGGUUUGGUAUGGUAUGGAGUGGUGUGGAGUGGUAUGGUGUGGUGUGGAACGUGGUGUGGUGUGGUAUGGAGUGGUGUGGUGUGGUGUGGAACGGUAUGUAGUGGUGUGGUGUGGUUGCAGCUACUGGCAGUUUGAGUAA